AUGGGAACAUCUUGUGGAACUAUGAAUUCCUCAAUUGUGAGAAGAGAUAGCGGAAACGGAAACAUGGGAUCUAACAUUAUUUUUGUUUAAGCUCCUUAUGACCCAAAUUUAAAAGUAGAGGAUAUUGGAUUAAAAAAUGUAUUAACUGAUUUUGACAAUUUGAUUGCAGCAUUAUAACAAGUACUAAGAAUUAAUCAAUGAUUAGUUAUAAGGGGAGGUUAUAAAGAUUCCAAGUAAAAUAAAUGAAAUAUAAAUAUAAUGA